UGAGUGUUGUUUUCUACAAAUUAGACCACGAAUCCACUCGUAUUAAACAUAUAAAUAAAUAAUCAAGCUACUAACUUCUUUAGACUUAUUGUGACCAACAACAGGAAAGUGGUCUCCUAUCAACUUUUUCCCCAAUCCCACCAUUUUCAUGAAAUAUAAAACCAAAAGCAUUAAGAGACAUUUGCAUAAUUAAAUGGUGGAUAAAUCAAAUUUGUAGUGCUGUUUUUUCUUUAUUUUUAUAAUUGGUGCAGCCUCAUUAUAUAAACACACAGACUAAUCUCUAAAGGUAUGUAAAGCCAUUGUUUAUUUAAUGCAGAGUUAACCUGUGGUGGUGUUAUUUUCUUAUAGAUUAUAUAUAGUGAUAAACAAAACGCAUGAGGUUCUUUUUUGACAUUGUGUAUCUAAUUCAACAAGAUAUAGCUCAAGAGCGCAUAAAAACUUUCAUUAACUUGCUUUUCGUAAGAAGAGGAGAAGACGAUGGGUUUAUUGCCACUGGUGAAGAAACUAGGUUUCGUCUUUCUUCUUGUUUCAGCGUUUGCUCUCUCUUUUGCAGGCCGACCAUCCAUUCUAAUUUAUAUCCAAGACGAUACACAUCAAGAGUUGGUGGAAGGAAGGAUCCAUGAACAUGAGAGGAUUCUAAGGAUGAAUUCCAGAGACUAUGGUCACUUCAGCCCUAAACACAAGCUCCACAGGCCUCCUUCCAAGCUCAUUCCCAACUGAUCAUAGGACUCAUAUUAGGGUUCGAUUAUAUAUAAAUUCCGACUUUAUGAGAUGUAUGAUAUAUAUACCAUGGCAUUGCAAUAAGUUUUAAUGAUGAUCCAGUUAUCAUCAUAGUUUCAAGAUAUGUUAUAUAGUAAACGAUUAUAUAUAUAGUCUUUGCUCAUAGGAGUGAGUAAUUUAUGGUAAUGCAUGGCACCUUCAUCAGUUCAAUAUAUGGAUUUGUUACCGUGCAAUAUUGCAA